AUGAAUCCUCAAAACCACUUAAUAUUACUCUUUUGUGGUUCUUCUGUACUAUAUGGUCUAUUAGAGAUUAUUUACUAAAAGAAAUAGAGGAGCUAAUAAAUAAAAUUAUAAGAAUAAAUAUUAAGAGAACCUUUGAAAUCUCUUGAUUACUUUCUUGAAAUAUUAAAUUUAUUCAAUAAUUCCAUAACAUCUAAAAAAUCUUAUGUACUGCUAAUUGGUAUACUUAAUCAGCAUUAGAAUUAGUGUAAGUAAUCUCUAUGUCCUUGUCAAAAUGGAUAAUCUUAUAAAUUAAAUUAAGCUAUUCAAGAUGAAGACUGUGAAGAAAAAAAUGAAGAUAACUAAGCUAAAAAAGUGCAAAACAAUAGAAGAAAAUCUACUAUUUUCAUAUAAAUAAGAAAAAAUUAUGCAAAUAAAAAUAGAGAAAGCUCUAAAGUUGAUUUUUAUAAUUUAUUUGAAAGAAUAAAUUCCUAAAUUGCAAAUUAGUGGAUUUAAGAUCUUAUUGAAUUUUGGAUUCUAUAAAUGUUGGAAAAUAAUGUUUUAUUUCAAUCAAACCAUAAAUAAGAGUAAGCUUUAAUUGAAACUUUAAUUCAAUAGUAUUGGAGCUUCUUAUUGACAAUAAAGAAAACUCAUAUUAAAGCUCUAUAUGUCAAUAAGCAAUUACAAGACUUUCUUUAAAAAAAAACUUUUUUCUUCGAGUUUAUAUCUUAGACAUUCUCACUAAUUAUAAUUACAUAGUUUAGAGAAUAAGAUAAAUCCUAAGCUUACUCAUACUUUUAAAAGGAUCGUUAAGAAGCUAAUUAAUCAACUUACUUUGAAAAAAUAAGUAUCAGUGAUAGUUUAUUAGAAAAUUAAAUUCAAUAAAUUUCAAAUCUUCUAAAAAUGAAAUUAAAUUUACUGGAAAAUAUGCAACUUGGAUAUAAAAAUCUAGAGCAACUAUUGGAAGAUUUAAAAGCACUUGUCUCACUCUUUUAGGUCAAUGAAAAUAAAUUAAAAUAAGACCUUCAUAGAAAUUAAAAUAAUAUUUAUGCUCUUAAAUUUCUAUCUUUGGUGAAUUCAGUAAUUCUUAAUGACCCUAUUUCUUAUUUUGAAUUUGAGUAGAAAUUUUAUGAAAUGAUCUUGAAAGAAAAUAGAAAAGAAUAAAUUGAUGAAAUUAACAUACUUUCUAUAUUAAAUGGGAAAACAUCAAGUUUAAAUGUUUCUUACUUCAAGGAGGAAUUUGAGAUUUACUCUUUUUCUACUGGAACUCCUUAGAUUUUUGGUUAUAACUUCUGGGAAUUUUAAUAAGUUAAAAAGCUUGACUAAAUUAUGCCUUCAAUAAUUGCUCAAGGUCAUAAUAAGUUUAUAAAUAAUUUGUUUGAGAAAAAUACAUCUACAGUUAUUAGGAAUUAUAGAUACUUUUUUGCUAAAAAUAAAUAGCACUUUCUAUUCCCUGUUAAAACCUAUAUAAACUAUUUCUUUUUGAAUGAGGAAAAGCUUUCUUUUAAUUGUCUUUUUCUGAAGCUGGAAGAAAAAUAUAUGACAAUUAUGUCUGAUCAUAAAGGUUAAAUUUAAGGAGUUUCCUAAAAUUUUUACAAUCUGAUGGCUUUAAUUUGCUAAUAAGAAUUUGAUGUUUAGAGAUUAAACGGAAUAAAAUUGGAAAAAUUUUUAAAAUAGCAUAAAAAGCUUUCAUCUGAUUUACACUAAUUAGAAAAUUUUGAUUAGAAUGAAGGCAAAAAACAAACAAAAUUAAAGAAAAUAUUUUAUUUUAUGCUGCAGAAGCAAUUUUAAAAAGAAGAAAUUGAAAAAGAGUAUCUUAAAAUUACUAUGAAAAUAAAUACUGAGUUGUAUAAAUUCAGUGAAGAAUUGUUACCAUUCUUUUAUAUUUCUAUCAGCAGUUUUUAAUUAGUCACAAGUUAAGAAAGUUAACAUACAGAAAGCGAUUUAGAUUCUCAAAUGUAAUUAGUUCCUUUGAAAACUGCACUAAAUUCUUUUUUCUUUAAGAAUAAAUAAGACUCAAUAGAAAAAGAUAUGACAUUUAAAAUGAAAUAAAAUCUUAAAAACAUUUUUGAAAAUAAAAUAAAUUUAAUAAGAUCUGAGUCUUGUGAUAUUGAAGAAAAUUAAACAGAUUAAAAUUAUACAUGCACUUAAAUAAAUUUGUUAACAAGGAAUUAGGGUUAUAACAAUAGAGCUCCUCAUUUAAACACUUAAAAAAAUGGAAAUCAAAAAUUGAUGAAUAAUGAUAAAUAAAAGAAUAACAGAGAUAGAUCUGAUUCAUUGUAACCAAUGAAUUUUAUAAAUUUGUAAGAAAGAUUUUAGAGUAAUAAAAGUAAAGAAUAAGAAAAGAUAGAUAAUUCUGAAUCUAAAAAUAACCAAAUUUUAAAAAAAUAUAUAUAAUUGAUAUAAGGCGAUGUUUAAAGUAAAACAAAAUCAUUUAGCAUUUAAUAAACUCCAAAGACUUCAUAAAAAGAAGAAUUAAGAACAAAAUCUAAAUCUUAAGAUAUGAGUUAUUUUAAAACAUAAAAAAAAGAUAUGUAAUAAGACACCAUUUAAAUAUAAAAAAACUUAUUACCUGCUAAAUUAAAAGAAGAUGAAAAUAAAUUUAAGAAUGAAUCAGUUGAUUUUGAAAUUUUCAAAAUUACAAAAUAAAAGAGUCAGUAAUCAUUAAGUGUGAUUGAUAACAAUUAAAAAGAUAUUUCCUUACCUAGACCUAGAAGAUCUUCUUUAUUUUCUAACUAGAAGGAAUUAAUAACAAAUUUACAUACAUAAAAUGAUAAUUUUGCUGAUGCUUAAAUCUAAAUGCUGGAGCAUAAAAUUAAAACUAAUCCAAAAAUAGCCGAGCAUAUAAGUAUUGAAGAAAAGUUUAAGGCUGAAAACAUAGACAAAGAAGUUUUAAAUAAAAUAAAAGAAAAGAGAAAUUCGUUUUUAGAUUAAGAAAACAGUAAUCUACUAUUAAAUCCAUAGAUUCGAAGUAGAAAGUCAUCUAUAUUUUCAAAUGAGAGAUAAUAAGAUACUGAUUAGUAGUAAGAUUUAACAAGUAACAAUUAAUGUGAAAUUUAAGAAAUUAACCAAGAGCUUUUAACAGCUAAAGAUGAAAAUCAGUUUGAUAAACUGCUUAGUAAUGAUUUCUAAAUUAUUCACGAAGUUAGCCUUGAAAGUGAUUAAACAUCUUCUUCUAGCUAAAGUUAAGGAAAUAAAAGCAAAAAUCUGAAAGGUUAAUCUUAAGAGUAUUCUGAUAAGAAAUAAACAGAUUUAGAAAUUGAUGAAAGCAGUUCUAGUUCUAAUUAAUCAAUUAACAGGUAAUUGACUAUAUUAGCUUGUAAAUCUGUAAAUACUAGUGGAAGAGAUGAUUUCUUUUAAAGCUAAUAGUCUUUUAAAAGCAAAUAGUCUUUUAAAAGCAAAAAGUCUUUCAAAAGUUAAAAAUCAUUAAAAAGUAAGCAUUAAAAAAAGACAGAACCAUAAAUUAAUUACAAUACUAGCAAUAAUGAUAAUACCAACAAAGACGAAUGGGAAGAAAAAACUAUAGCAAAUAACCUAUUAGCUAACUAGCAUCAAAUAGUUUCAGACUCAACACACCCCAAUGAAAAAAAACUUUAGCUGGCUGCAAAAAGUGAAGAGAUUUUUGCAUAUAUAGGCAAAAGCUAUUUGAUGUAUUUAUUUAACUGGCUGAUAUACUUUGUUGUAGUUAUAUUUUCUUAUGUUUUAGUAAUUAGAUUCUAUAAUGAUUUUAAGUAUUUACUCUAAUUUGAAAGUCUCUCAGCUUAAUUACAAGUUUCUUACUCAAGAUGUCUUGAGAGUUUUACAUUCUAAAAUUAGCUUAAUUUGAAUUUUAUAAAUGCUUUCUAAAACAACUAAUUUAGUACUUAAAAUAUAGCUGAUUAUUUUUAAUAACGAUGCAUAUAAGAUUAUCAUGAUUAAAAUGAUUUAUUAAUGAAAUUAUACUCUGAAUAAAUAGCUUAUGACUUUUAAACGUAUUUUUACACCUAACCUAUUGAAGCAGUCUUUAGAAAAUAACCACCUUAAACUAUGACUUUAUAAUUAUUUGCUAAUUUAGCAUCUGAAGCUAUUUAUACAUUAUUAGAAUCAGAAAAUAAACUUAAAACUGAUUAUUUUUAGCUAGUGGAUAAUUUAAUUGAAUAUGUUAAAAAUGGUUAUUAGAUAAAUGAUAUUUUGUAACAAGAAUUCUUUCAAUAAAAAGACAAUUUAAUGAGAAAUCUGAUAACUUUCCUUAUUAUAGGAAACAUAUUACUUAUCAUUUAAUUUAUAAUCAUGAUUUAUUUGUAGUACACUUUGAGGAUAAAAAUAAAACUAAUUUUAAACGUUAUUUGUAGAGUCACCGAUGAAGAAACAUAAAAUUAAAUUAAUUUAAUCCAUACAACCCAAAAUUUAAUAACUUCUGAAAAUCUUAGUUUCUUAAAAUUCAAUUUUAGAAAUCUAGUCAAGGAAGUUGAUAAUUUUAAGAUUUCAGAAAAGUUUUUAUUUCUGAAUCAACAUAAUCUUUUAUAAAUACCAGCUCAGAGGGUAAAAAAGAAUAACACUAGUAAAGAAUCAUCAAAUAAAUUUUCAUCAACUUACUUAAAUGACAGAAUAUCUAAUAAUUACUUAAAUACUAACAUUAAUUUUAUUCUUAUAUCAUCUUUGCUUGUAUUAGCUAGCAUCAUAGGAAUUUAUCUAAUCGUAGAGAAUUUUUCAUAGAAAACAACAUAACCGACUUCAUACUUGAGCAACUACUACGGUUUAGCAUAACAACUUUCUACUUUAUUUUUGGUUGAUGAAAUAAUUAUUUUUGAUAAAACUUACAAAUUAUAAAGCUUAAACCCAGCCUCUCAUUCUCUUCCUUUUCCUAUAAAUUAAUUUAUCAUAUAACCUAGUCAAAUGGCAGAUUUUUAGGAAUUUAGGAGCUAAUUAGUCUCAUAAGUUGAUGGUUUAUUUUCUAUUUUUAAAAACACAAAUUAUAAUUAGAUUUUUGAUGAUGCAUCUAGUGAAAUUUAAUAUAUAAAUUAAGUCGGUUAUUGUAAUAAUAAAUACUUAUCUCUGUCUUAAAUUGAAUAGUAAAUGUGUGAAAGCUCCAGUACAUAAAAUGGAUUAAUCAAUUCACUUUAAAAUUCAUAUUACAGGUUUUAUAUGAAUGAUUACUAAAAUUUGAAUACCUUAUAAGAGGCUACCUAAUAUAUAAACCAACAAUCAAAUAUUUAAUAAAAUGUUGAAGACUCAUUAGAAAUCACAAUUUUGACAUAGCUUUUAACAUAAUUAAAUUCAACAGUUCUCAGUAUUUCAGAAAGCUAAUUAACAAUUCUAAUUUUUUACAUUUGUGCUAUAUUAACAGUUUAUUCUAUUAUUAUUAUUGGAUUGACAUUUAAUUAUUACAAUGAUGUAAUUAAAACUUUAAAAACUGUCAGAAAGGCUCUGUUACUGAUACCAUUUAAUAGGAUAACUAAUGAUACUUAGACUCUUUAUAUUAUAUAAAAUAUUUUAAAUGUAAAACUGUGA